CCUUUCCUAUGUCCUUCUAGUCAGGCGCAGGGAAGUUUGACUAUAGGUCGCAGUGUGUGGUUUCGCCAUGGGCGCACAGUUGCGCUGACUCGCAUCCACUUAGUCCCUGAGAUAUUUGACUUUAAUGUUUUCUGAUCAAACUACGUAAGUGGAGACCGGUUUUCAGCGCAAGAGAGGCUGUUGGAUUGGAUUUACAGUCUGUGUGGUUAACCACUGCUCUUUCUCUCCGUGGGCUUUGAGGAAUAACCAACAAUAUGUCGAGAGACCCCGAGGACGUGAAUAAGCUUACUGAAAGUACAUACAAGAAUGUUGUGGAAAACUUCAACCCUGCACUGCGGAACCUGGUCAACUUGGGAAAGAGCUAUGAGAAGUCGGUGACAGCUAUGAACCUGGCUGGGAAGGCGUACUUCGAUGCGGUCUCCAAGAUUGGAGAGAACGCCGCUGUGUCGCCGGUCUCCAGAGAGCUGGGUGUUGUUUUGAUGGAGAUUUCAGAGUCACAAAAGAAGGUCCAGCUGGAGCUGGAGGAGACGUUCAAGAGGUUCCACAGAGAUAUCAUUGCUGAGCUGGAGAAGAAGACUGAGCUGGAUGUCAAGUAUAUGAAUGCCACAUUCAAAAGAUACCAGUCAGAGCACAAGCUCAAGCAGGACUCUCUGGACCGCUCGCAGUCUGACCUGAAGAAGCUUCGCAGGAAAAGCCAGGGGAAGCAUUCCUCCAAGUAUGAGGUCAAGGAGAAUGAGUGUAUACAGACCCUCUCCUCCCGCCAGAUGGACAUGCAGAAGCACAUUGCCGAAGGUUGCCAAGAGGCACUGCUGGAGGAGAAGAGACGAUUCUGCUUCUUGGUUGACAAGCAUUGCACCUUUGCCCAUCAUAUGUCCACAUUCCACGACAAGGCCAAAGGGAUGUUGGAAGAAAAGCUUCCCGUCUGGCAAGACAAAUGCAGUGACGCCACCAAGGUGCCAGACACAGUGAUGACCAUGAUCGAGGGUCUACGCACCCCUGUGUCCAUGACCCCAGAUGCUUCACCCCUCAUGGAGCGCCUAGCGAGGAGCAAUUCAGAAACGGUUGGGCCACCGCCUGCCCCCGCCCUGAAAGCCCAGAUCAGUCCACUGGCCAACAUGUUCACCCAGGACAUUCCCAGAAGCCCCAUCUCUGUUGACCUCAACUCAGCUCCUACCUAUCUCUCGUCUCUAGAGUCCACAGACCAGGACAGUCUCGGCAGUAGUGGCCUGUCGCGGUCGACCUCGGUGUCCAGCGACAUGAACCUGAUGCGGAAGCCGCGCGUGCUGACCAUCUUCCCCCACACGGCCGGCAACAACGACACGCUGCUCAGCUUCGAUGACGGAGACUUCAUCACCCUGCUCAUCCAGGAGGAGAAGGACGGCUGGCUGUACGGAGAGCUGGAGAAGACCGGACAACGUGGAUGGUUCCCGUCAUCUUACUGCCGGCCCUACAGCGAGCCAGCAGGGACUAACAGAAUGGACACACCGGUGUACGGUGGUGGAGAUGAUCUCCAUGAGCAGCCUGACGAAGAGGAGGACGAGGGCCCCGUGCUGCUGCCACCAGCCGACUACAGCGACACGUCACUGGACAGCCCCAGCAAGACCUUCAUUCCCUCUCCAGAGAGUCCGGUUGUAUCAAAUGGAAUCUCCAAGCCGCCUUUCCUGGGUGGAGGGAACCCCUUUGCUACUAUUAAACUACGACCCACAGUCACCAACGACAGAUCGGCGCCCCACGUCUAGCGCCCCGCGAGCGCUCGCGUGUCCCGGCCUGCCUCACCUGGGCUGGUCCGGGGUGCCACGCCCCAACGUCCCUCUCCCCUCCAGCUGAUCGCCUGAACACAACAGCAUCACCCUAUACUAACUCUGUUGCAUUCUGGUUAUACUCAUGUGCUUUUCAGAAAGGUGUCAGGGAAGUUUGGGGGGGGGGGUUUGCUCUAAAGUUGGUGGAUUCAGAUCAGGCACCGGGGCCGCCUGGACCUGCCAUGACCACUUGGCCUCCUGGAUAGAGUUUGUGGUAGAAUUGCAUGGUUGGAACCAUCCCACAAGAUUAUUUCAACUGUUUUGUGCCAUUAUCAUGUCCACUGAGGGAUGAGGCUAUUUAUAUAUAUAUUUUAGAUAUAAUUUAAUAAUCUAUAGAUCUCUAUUUUGAAGCAGAAUUAGUGUGAAUAUUGUCAGUGUCCUGGCAACAGCUUUCCUUUUAAAGACAAGUGCAUUUUUAUUUGAAAAUAAAGAGCAAGUACUGCUGUUGUGUUUUUAAAUAAUAUGGUGCCCCCACCCCUGAAUGCCUAAGAUGACUUAACUUUUUAAUUUUUUCCCAUUGAAUGCUGAAUGAUUGUUUCCUGUUUGGAAUGUGGAUUGUUUUUUUUUGCCAAUAGUUACCAUUUUGGCACUGUAGUGUUUGUGUGUGUUUGUACCUUCCCCUUUGUGUGGGUGCACACUGUGUAGGCUACUUAAAAUGCCUAUACCUACAUAUUUGUCUUUGCUCUAGAUGUUUUGGUAGUGAUCCCUUACAUGGAUCAGCUCUGGUUAGAGACCCAUAUAUUACAAAGAUGUUUUUUCCUAGUUGGAACAAAGCAAUAAAUGCCUAUCGUGAAGUGAUCCACCUACCUGUAGUGCCCUUGAGUGCAACUGACUUGGCUCUGUCCUCAUCUAUUCUUGAAAACUGAUGUGCAUUCUUACCUCAGUGACUUACUGUUAAAUCCCACCCCUUAAACUUGUGACACCGUGCAUAUCGCCUGAAAGUUAUUGACACAUUUGUUUUGAAAAUGUCUGGGAAAUGGCUUUCUUUACCACAUUUCUUGUUCUUUUGCUCGCCUGUUGCAGUAUUCACUUUUUAAUGUUUUCAGUAACACCGCACCAUAGAGAACUUUUGGUAUUUUCUCCAGUUAUUUUUAAGUAUCCUUUUGAACAUCCAUAUGCACAUCCUGAGACAGAAUGAGACCUUGUUUUUCAACAAAGAACCAUAUUUUGAAUGUACAAGGAGACUUUGUUUAAAAUAAAGGUAUACUCAUGG